AUGAAUCCUGCUCAAGAACGUCUGGCCAAGACAUUUGUCGCUCGGGAGAGAAAGGCCAAGAAGGAUGUCGAGACUAUCGUGGGGCCAGUUCCUGCUCCUGGACCAGCUCUUCAAGUUGUGCUGGUUGAUGCAGAACAGAAGCAGUUCAAGGAUCUUCAUGUUAAACAACGGCUUGAAGACUUAAAAGAUGCAAUAUUUUAUGUUGAAGAUUUGCUCAACUUAAUCAGCUACGAGGACUUUGAUGUUGUGAGAGUAACCAAGUCUCUCCUUGAAUCUGUUGUUAGAAAUACAACAUCUGCUACUUCAAAGGUCUGGGAAAGCGAUAAUCUUGAUAUUCUUCGAGUUGAAUUAAAGAAAAACUCGAGGGAGAAAUGA